AUGGACAUUACUGUUAAAGAAACCAAGUCCAAAUGGACGCAUACGUUUCAAGCGAUUGAUCUUUCAAAAACUGUGCUUGAAUUUAGACAAUUAAUAGUUGAUACUCACAACCAUUCACCAUCAUCAUCGGAGAAGUGGAAUUUGUCUGAUCUCACCUUGUUGAGUGGAGGAAAGUUUUUGAAGAAUGAUUCCGAGACUCUUGCAGACGCCAAGAUUAAGAAUAACAUUUUGAUAUAUAUGAAAGCAUCAUCUUCUGAAGGAAAUAAUAAUAACCAGGUAUCUGCAACUGCUUCCAACGAUUCAACUUCACCAAAUCACGCUCUAGCUGGUAAUUGUAACAACCAAAUGAGUAGUCCUACCCUUUCAUCAUCCUCACCAUCGAGGGAUCAUCAAAACACUUCUCCAAAUUCAACUAAAACAACAGCUUCAUCUGGUGCUAGUGCCUCUUUGCCAUCAAACACCAGCAGUAACAGUGCACAAGUUUCCCGAUUGGAAAAAGUUCGACAAGCUGCUCUCGAAAUGGCCAAAAGAGCUAAUGGUGGAGACUCUCAAUACGAACAAUAUCACUUUGUUUUAGAAGAUCAAAAUGGAAAGAAGGUCAAUUUACCUGAAUGGGAACGUGAAGCUCUCGUCAUGGGAAUGAUUUUACAAAAGAAAUCUGAAGAAUACCUCAAAAAGAAGCAAUUUGAAAAUGCUUUUGAUUGUUUGAAAGUUGCUGAUGAAUCAUUCAGAAAAUUAUCUCCACAACUUCUUUCCAUUGUUGAUAAUUAUGCAACAUUGCUGAUCGAUUACGUUUGGUGUAUGUACAAGUUGCAAGAUCCAAGCAUGCUGUUCGAUGCAAUUCAACGAUUACAACUUGCUGAAAAGAUUUUAAAGCAAGCUCACGGAGAAAAUUUGGAAAGACUACUCGAUCUGCAACAAGGAAGGUUUUCACAACGUGCACUCUAUGCAAAACUUUCACUUCUGAAAGGUAUUAUUUGUACAGAAAUAGGAGAUAAGGAAAAUGCAAAGACUUAUCUUCAGCAAUCUCAGAAUGAUUACAACAAGUUGAGAAUUGAUCCAGCUCUUGUUGAUCAAUUGGUAAACAUGGGAUUUUCUUCGGAUGAAGCCAGAAAGGCACUUAGAAAUUGUGACGGAAAUGUAGAAUUGGCUUUAUCAUACAUUCUUGAAAAAAGAGAAAUUGCGAGACAAAAACGAGUGGAAGAAAUGGAACGAAAACAACAGCGUAAAAAGCAGCUCUUUUAUGAGAAGACAAAGAACGGAAAAUUAUUGGAACUAAAAUUACUGGACGCCUUAUCAAAGGUAUUUCCUCAUGUCGACAUUGAGGUUGUGGUGGAAGCUCUGAUUCAAUCUAAUAAUGACGAAUUGAUAUCCACACAGCUCUUAUGUAAUGAGCAAACUCUCGAGGAUUUAUCAUUCCAAGCAGAAGCAAGAAUUCACAAACGUGCUGUCAAUUAUAACUUGGUUCACAAGCUGUGUAUGAUCGGAUUUCCCUUAGAGAACGUAGCUUUUGCUCUUAAAAAAGCAGCAUCACAAUCGUCAUCUACCACUCUUGAGCAGAUUGCUAUUGAUUUGCUUGUAAACGGAAAAGCAAUUCCAAGAAUUCCCUCAUCUGACUUGAAUUCUCUUGCUUCUUUCAUUAUCAAGAAAUCGACUGAAAAUACAAUUUUGGAACAGCAUCAAACUUUGACAAGCGAACAAGCUUCCACAAGGGGCAACAACAAUUCAAACACUAAUCUCGAAUCUCAAGAUUCUAUGUUUGAUGAGGGAGAGGAUGAAAGUACAAAUAACAAUAAUAAUGAUAAUAUUUUCGAUCAACCUUACGAACAGGAAGAAACAAGUGAAGACGAUGAGAGCGACCAGGAAGAUGAAGAGCCCAAUACACCACUGGACAGAGUUUUCAAUGAAACUAUGGAGGAUAUUAUAGAUGAAGAAAUUGUAAAUACAUUCACCAACCAGGAUGAUGAGAGUGCUUUGCUUGCUGACGAAAUUCAAGCUCUUGAACUCUACUUAUCAAAAGUAGCACAAUAA